AUGGAGAAUGAUACAGAACUCAGAAAGAAGCUCAUGGACCAAUUUGUAACUGAUGCAGCAUACGGUCUCUUUAUGAGGACGACAAAUCCAUUCCGUGAUCCGGGUUUGCUUAUAUACACUCACAACUUGACAAAAUCUCUUCCGGAAGGGAUAAUGCGCAAGGAGCUUGGUGUCAUUAAUCUCACAGCUCAGUUUAUGGCGGUUUACGGGAUUUUCUUCCAGCGGGCUCUGAUUAAGAAGGUAAUUAUGGACCCUCGGUUUGAGUUCAUGACCAAGGUACCUGAUCAUAACGACGACAAGCACUCUGUUUACUACGGGCUAAGAGUUGGGUAUAUACCGACUGAUAAUAGCAAGUUCUCUUUUUACUGCCGGCUCUUUCGCGGCUAUAUUGCAGUAUCAAGGCCUUGCCAAGAGCUGACUAAGAAUGCUGGUGCUAGUCCCGAGACGGUUCUUGAGGGUUUUUUUGAUCUUCUUGCUCAGUUGGAAAAGCAAGAGGAGGAUGAGGGAGGAAUGGACAAGAUUGGUAUUGUUGAUCUGCAUGCUCUUGAGUUUUUUGGUGAUACGUUGGUUCAAAAGAUUCCAUUCCCACCUACACACGAUUUAGGUUUGCUGGAACCAUGGAGUUCUCAGAUAGCUGAACUUCUCAUGACACCGGUUCACGAAAGGCCAGAAGAUUUUCGUGACCAGAUAAGGUCAUUGGAAAUUAAAUUGAGUGAUCUUUCAAGCCGCCGCUUUUGGAGGACAGCAGUUUCUUACCAUGCAUGUUACCAGCAAAUGCAGAUCUUGAGUCAGGAUCAUGCAUUUUGCGAGAAUCCGCCGUCGCCCAGUCUACAACCAAAGGACUUGCAAAAGAAUUCUGACCAAGGUCCUACUGAUCUUCGCGCGGCUGUGCUUUCAUCUCUCUGGAAUGAUCUGCCACCUCCCAAGUUCACAUCUUUAAUUCCCGAAGGGAUCACGAGCAAGGAGCUUGGUAUUAUUAAGCUCACAGCGCAGUUUGAGGCGGUUUACGGGCUCUACUUUCGGGAUAAUAUAGAUAAGAAGGUGAUUGCAGACCCUCGGUUUGAGUUCCUCAAGCAAACUAAUAGCAUGUGCUCUUUCUUCACUCAGCUCUCUCUUGGGUAUGGUAGGGUAUUAAUACCUUCGCGAAAGAAGGAAGAGGCAUUAAUACCUUUGCGGAAGUUGACUGGAUCUCCUAGUUUGGAGACUGUUCUUGAGGGAUUUUGGAAUCUUGUUGAAAUGGUUGAGGAGGGAGUUGUGGACAUGGGUAUGGUUGAUAUGCAUGCUUUUGAGUUUUUUGCCAACACUGAGGAUCAAGAGUUGAAUCUACCACCUCAAUACCUUUUAAUGAUGAUGCACCCGUUGAUACCUCCGUUUGCUCAUUUGCAUAUUCGGAUACCUCAUUGCCAUUUUCCACAUCCCCCACAACGUGAACACCCAAACCCAAAGAGACUAAAGGUUGAUAACUAG